UGGGACUUCCCUGAUCAACACGUACAGCGGCACACAAUCUCAAGCGGAGACCGUACGAUACAGAUUGUUAUUUCAUAGGAGAGUAUUGUGAUAUGGCGGCGGUAAAGGACCGAUUGGCAGAGCUACAAGCAGGUCAGAAGGGAGCUAAGACCGUUGAUAAGGAUAAAAUGAAGACAAAAAAGAAAUCUAAGGUGGCGGACGACAUGGAAGGGCUUCAAGAACAAGUUCGGAACAUCGAGGGAAAUCUGACAACAAUUAAUAGAAAUGUGAAGGAAAUGGAAGAUCUUCAGAAACGCAUACUCAGCUCCCCAUUCUGUGACAAGGCGGACGUGUACAAAUAUGAACAGAUUGUUAACCAUGUUCAACAGGUAUCUAGUGAGGCUAGGCAAAAACUUCGAGUCCUUGAGCAGGAGACUGCAAGCGAGAAGACGGGAUCCGACGGGACUACUGCUCUACAGAGGGUGAGAACUCACCAGCUGAACCGACUGACGAAUACGCUCGCGGCUUACACCAAUGCGUUUUUCAAAAUUCAGGCAGAUUAUAUGGACAAGAUGAAGAAGAGGAUGCGUUCACAACUUGAGGUCACUAAAGGAACUAACAACAUAAGCGACGACGAAGUGAACGAAAUUCUUCAGAAAGAUAAUUAUAAUGCAUUCACGCAAAACUUCAUCUCGGACACGCAGGACGCAGCGUCUCAGCUUCGCCAAAUAGAGGACAGACAAAAAGAUAUUCUCGCAUUGGAGAAGAAUGUGUUUGAUGUGAACCAGCUGUUUAAAGACAUGAGUGUGCUUGUUCACGACCAAGGUGAGAAGCUGGACAACAUAGAAUCCAACAUGACACAGACCGCGACACAUGUGGAAGAAGGGAAUACCAAACUGAGACAAGCCAAGAGACACCGGAAGAGGUCACGGAGAUGUAUGCUGAUUGUGGCAGGGAUAGUAAUUGUUAUUAUUGUCGUCGUCAUCAUUGCUGUAGCAGCUACAUUUGCAUAAAUCAAUGUAACGCAUUGCUAGUCUUGUGACACGGAGAAAACAUGCAAGGUGUCAAGUGUAUAAGGUAAUGGGUUAGGCUUAACUCGCGCAUAUAUGAGACAGGAACCGAUGGCAAGCAUAUGAUCACAAGAGACGCAUAGGCGUCUUAUGCCCCACCAUGACGUAUUUUAUGAACAUUUAUUACCCUGUUAAUUCAUGAUCUAUUUCUUUAAUUAUAUUGACCGUUCCAUAACAGUUACCACAGUUUGUUUACGUGAAAUUGGUGGUCAAUCGCAAGGCGAUGGCGAUCGCUUUGAGUAACCAUUACUAUGUAACCUUCACAUGACCUUGCCAAACUGUAUUAGAACACAAUCUUCUACAUAAAUAGAAAUAUAUUUGGACAGCAUUCUCCUUUUGCAGACUAACUGUUCUGAAGUACACCAUAUGGACCCAAGGUACAUAUUCAUAACUUUCCUUCAUUAUCUAUUGAGGAUAUCAUUCAUGCCAGUUGACAUUCGAUCCUAGCCUGUAGUUUUCUUCUGACCUUGUAUAACUUUCAGAGUGAGAGAUAACCUACAAAGAUGUAACCGUGAAUGUCAGUUCGCGCCAAGAUUGAGACGUCAUAUACAAGAUGAGCUCGAGACUUCUCAUCAGUCAUGGUUCCUUUUGUUGUGUUUUGCUAUUUCAGUUGACACACCUUAUCUGUAUUUGGAUCAUUCCAGUAACUACACCAUGCCAGCGACAAGAGAAAGCGCUAUUUCAGUUGACACACCUUAUCUGUAUUUGGAUCAUUCCAGUAACUACACCAUGCUAGCGACAAGAGAAAGUGCUAUUUCAGUUGACACACCUUAUCUGUAUUUGGAUCAUUCCAGUAACUACACCAUGCUAGCGACAAGAGAAAGCGCUAUUUCCAGUUGUACUGAUUGAUAUGUUGAUUUGUAAAUAAAAAUUAACUUUUGAGAUGUUGA